AUGGUUCUGGUAAUGCAGGAACUGCCUCUCGUGUGCCUGAUGCUGCUCCUGCUCUGCAGAGACGUGGGUGUGGGUGCCCAGGACUUCAGUAUGCACCAGCCCCAGGACAAGCUGUCGGUGGCAGCAGGAGAGACACUCACCCUGAACUGCACCCAUUCUGGAAUGGUUAUAAUAGGUGGUGUGAGGUGGCUGAAGGGAUGGGGCAGUGGGAACAAGACCAUCUAUGACCAGAGAGAGAAGGAUCGCUAUCCCAGAGUGAUGAGAGCAGUGGAUGGGUCCGACUCAGACUUCACCAUCCACAUCAGGAACGUUCAGCCUGAGGACACGGGCACCUACUACUGUGUGAAAUUUCGCAAGAACGACAGUGGUGAGGAUGAGUUCUUUCAGCGUGGCAAUGGCACCGAGGUGUCUGUCCAUGCCAAACCCAGCCCCCUGUUCUUGUCUGGGCCUGAGCAGAGAAUGAGGCCAGAACAGUCAGCGUCGUUCUCCUGCACAACUGGAGGGUUCUUUCCAAAAGAGAUUGAGGUGAAAUGGUUCAUGAACAUGGUCCCCUUGAUGGCUCAGCAGCCCCAGAUCAGCGAAUGGAGAGGGAAAACCUACAACAUGUCCAGCACAGUGAUGGUGACCCUGCAGAAGGCUUAUGUCCACUCACAGCUCAUCUGUGAGGUGCAGCACUCCACGCUGCAGGACCCACUGCGUGGGAGCUACCAGCUCAGCAGAGUCCUGCAAGUUCCCCCCGGUGUCAAAGUGCAUGCUGAGCCGAGCCCUGUUGAGGUGAACAAGACCGUGACCUUCACCUGCCUCGUGAAGGAGUUUUACCCAGCAAAUGUGUCCAUUUCCUGGCUGGAGAAUGGGAUUGAAAUAAAGGUGCCUAACGUCUCCCAGCCAUCGGAGCUGCGCAGUGGCUUGUUCCAGCUGAGAAGCCAGGUGGAUGUGCAAGCGACGGAGGAGAAAAACGGGUCCACAAUCACCUGCAUGGUGGUGCACGAUGGCCAGGCCUCUACCAACUCCUCAGCCUUCCUGUGGAUCUCCAACAUGGCCCAGGAGGAAUCAAGAAAGGGUUCCCCAAUAAAUAAGGGUGAGAACCUUAUGUCCAGCCUCCUCCUCCUGUGGCUUGGUAUUCUGCUGGAGAAGGCACUCCUCUGUGGGCUCCUCUUCUCCCUCUUCAAGCGCAUGAAAAGCAAAGCACUGGAGAUGCUGCCUUAUCCUGCUCCACCUCAGUCUCUGGAUCCUUGA